AUGUUUUCUACAGGUGAAUGCACACUAUACUUCCUGGUGAACGUUUUAAAAGAUGUUCAAGAUACAAAUUUGAGAUUACAGAAAUAUUAUACAACAGGUGUUGAUUUACAUAGUAUAAUAACAAGUUUCAUUUGUAAAUUAAAUAAUCGGUUACAUGAAGAGUUUUUUGGUCAUAAGGUGAACGAGUUAUUGAAAAAAAUUCCACAUUCAAAUGAAGUAGACGAUUUAGUGGAAUCGUUUAGAUUAUUUAUUCAUUCGAUUAUCAACUAUAUUGAAAAGUAUUACCACGAACGUUCUUCGUUUUACAAAUCAAUAUCCAUUUUUAGUGAAACAGAUAUUGAUAAAAUCCAAUGGAGAAGUAUUGAACAAUGUGCUACAUUUAUUGAUAAUAAAAAAAUUGAUAAAGACCUAUUAUAUAAUGAGUUUAGUCAAAUAAAAUCAAAAUAUAUCGAAUUAAAAGAAAAAUUUGGUGGAAUUCAUAAGCAAAUAGAAGCAUUUAUUCCAUCAAAUUUAAUUGAAUUACAACAAGCUAAAAUAACGAACUAUGAUAAAACAGAUUUGCUCAAUGAAUUCGAUAAUCUUGAUCAUUCUGAUACUAACGAAGACAAUUGUGAUACUAGAUUUCACAAAGAUCAGAAGAAACGUCCGUUAAUCAGAUGUGAUCAUUUGGGGGCUUAUCUUCUUAAUGAUGAAAAUGUACCUCAUUUACAAAAAUUAGUUCAAUUUUCUUUUUCUGUACCUGCAUCAAAUGCCUUUUGUGAAUCUAUUUUUAGCCACAUGAAUUUUUGGGGAAUAAUAGUCGAAACAAAAUGA